AUGCCGCCAAAAGCUGCUCCUCCGCAGAGGGAGUUCGUCCACCCCGAGGCCGGCCAUGCCAGAAAGAAGCCGCCCAGCCCUUUCGCCAUCGAGCCCAUCUCAGCCUUUUAUUGCUUCCUGGCUGCCAACAUAAUCUCCGCCCUCUUCGCCCCGAUCCAAGACUGCGACGAGACAUUCAACUACUAUGAGCCUACCCACUACCUCUCCCACGGCUACGGCCUCCAGACAUGGGAAUAUUCCCCCACAUAUGCCAUUCGCAGCUGGCUCUACGUUGGCGAGUUUUACUUCAUUCGAUAUGCUCUGGCCUUCGGCUGCGCCUUAUGCCAGACCCUGCUGUUCCGUGUCAUCAGCCUCACCCUCAAUGCGCGCAUUGGUCUCUUCUUCAUCCUGGCCACGGUCUUCAGCGCAGGCAACUUCCAUGCGAGCACCGCCUAUCUGCCCUCCAGCUUUGCCAUGUACAUGGCCAUGCUGGGCGCUUCGUCCUUCAUGAACUGGCGCGGUGGACUGAAGACUGCUCAAGGAAUUUUCUGGUUUGCUGUUGGAGCUGUCGUAGGGUGGCCUUUUGCUGCCGCCCUUUCCUUCCCCUUCCUCAUUGAGGAGGCUGUCUUCGCUGCGCUGAGUGACAAGGAUCGCUUCAUUGAGGCUAUCAUCCGCGUCGUCAGGGGUGUGAUUGCUGGCUUGAUCGUUAUGUUCUUUGAUGGAUGCAUCAACACUUUCUUCUAUAAGAAGGUCGAGGUCGCAUCUUGGAACAUUGUCAAGUACAACAUCUUCUCAGAGACCGGUGGCCCAGAGUUGUACGGUACUGAGCCUUGGGACUUUUACUUCCGCAACCUCGCCCUGAACUUCAACAUUUGGUUCAUCUUGGCCCUUGUCUGCCUCCCCCUUUUCGUCCUGCAGAAGCUGGUUUCACCUUCAGGACAAGGCUUUCAGACAGGCUUGCGCGCGCUGGUUUUCAUCUCGCCUUUCUACCUCUGGCUUGGCAUCUUCACCCUUCAGCCUCACAAGGAAGAGCGUUUCAUGUACCCCGCGUACCCUUUCCUUGCUCUCAAUGCUGCCAUGUCCCUGCACAUCAUUCUGGCGGCUCUUGGCAACUCGGACCCCAAGACUCUCGUUGGCAAGAUUCCUGCCAAGCUCAAGCUUUUCACCGUCAGUCUGGUGCUUCUGCUUUCCUUCGACAUCGGACUCUCGCGUGUCUACGGCAUUUGGUCCGCCUAUUCUGCCCCGAUGAGGCUCUACUCACCACUUGGAGCGGGUGUCAGCGGUCAGCAGGGGCUCGGCCUCCGUGGUGAUAACGUAUGCUUCGGCAAAGAGUGGUACCGCUUCCCGUCAUCCUACUUCCUGCCUCGCGACAUGCACGCCAAGUUCGUUCGCUCCGAGUUCCGUGGACUGCUUCCUGGAGAGUUUGCUGAAGCUCGGACUGGCUUCGGUUUCUGGAGCGGCACUUGGAUGCCUACGAAGGGUAUGAACGACAGGAACGAGGAAGACAUGGGCAAGUACGUUGACCAGAGAACCUGCGGAUUCCUGGUCGAUACUCAGUACCCCGAGCGAAACGACCCCCUGCCGCCGAACGAGCCCGACUACAUUGCCGACGAAGAGCACUGGGAAGUUGUGAAAUGUGUUCCGUUCCUGGAUGCGGCCAACACACACUUCCUCGCCAGAGCACUCUGGGUUCCAGACCUGCCCUUCAUUCCCGAAAAGUUUCAACGCAAGUGGGGCCGCCAUUGCCUUCUCAAGCACAAGAAAUGA